AUGGACGGCAAAAGCACCAACGGCGGGGAAGGAAUAGCCAAGAGGUGGAAGCAGCUGAGCGGGGAGGACAACUGGAAGGGCCUACUGGACCCACUGGAUCUCGACCUCCGCCGCUACAUAAUCCACUGCGGCGAGGUGGCCCAGGCCACCUACGACGCCUUCAACACCCAGAAGAAGUCCAAGUACGCCGGCAGCAGCAUGUACGGCCGGUCCGGUUUCUUGGGCAAGGUCGGGCUGGAAAACGGCAACCCGUUCAAGUACGAGGUGACCAAGUUCCUGUACGCCACGUCGGCGGUGAACCUCCCCGAGGGUUUCAUUGUGAAGUCGCUGUCGAGGGAGGCGUGGUGCAAGGAGUCCAACUGGAUGGGGUACGUGGCGGUGGCGACGGAGGAAGGAGCGGCGGCGCUGGGGAGGAGGGAUAUUGUGGUGGCGUGGAGAGGGACGAAGCAGAGUUUGGAGUGGGUGAAUGAUUUGGAUUUCUUGCUGGUGUCGGCUCCUGAGGUGUUUGGGGAAGGGAGUGAGGUGAAGGUGCAUGAGGGUUGGUAUUCGAUUUACACCUCCGAUGAUGCCAAGUCUCCUUACAAUACCACCAGCGCUAGAGACCAGGUACUCGAGGAGGUAAGGAGGCUGGUGGAACUAUACAGCAACGAAGAAAUCAGCAUCACGGUGGCCGGUCACAGCCUCGGAGCCGCACUCGCCACCCUGAAUGCGGUGGACAUAGUAACCAACGGCUUCAACCGAUCGUCACUACUGUCAAUCUCUUCCAGCUGUCCAGUCACAGCCAUGGUGUUCGGCAGCCCACGCAUCGGCGACUCCGCGUUCAAGAAGCACUUCACGCAGUACGAAGAUCUACGCGCCUUGCGUGUCCACAACGCGCUCGACAUCGUCCCUAACUACCCGCUGAUUGGUUACGCGGAUGUCGGAGCGGAGCUGGUGAUCGACACCACAAAGUCCACGUAUCUGAAGCACCCCGGGAACCAGUCGACGUGGCACAACCUGGAGGCUCACCUCCACGGGGUGGCCGGUACUCACGGGUCCAACGGGGCAUUCCAGCUGGCGGUGGAGCGUGACGUGGCGCUGGUGAAUAAGUCGUUGGACGCGCUGAAGGAUGAGUACUUGGUGCCGGCGGCAUGGCGUGUGUUGAAGAACAACGGGAUGGUUCAGUUGUCGGAUGGGUCGUGGAAGUUGCUGGAUCAUGAACAGGAUAUCGAGACUUGA